AUGUGGAACACCACACCAACCACACCAACCAAACCCUCGAGGCUCGCCAGCAUCGCAAUGAUGAAGAAUACCUACAUGGAUAGCGCCGGUAUCCCUAUGAAAUUGAUCAUCGUCGUCGGUGCCGACAAGGUCGAGUUCAGCGUGAACAAGGAGCAGCUCUGCGCCCAGUCCGCGCUCUUCUAUUGCGAGGUCGCCCGCAACGAGCAGUCGGUCGUUCUCGAAAAGGAGGACCCGGUACUCUUCACGAUCUUUCUGAACUGGCUGGUGAUCGGUGAGGUCAAGACACGCCCCGAGCUGGUCGCGGUCCCUGCCCGGACGCUCAAUGAUCUCAAGGCGCAUUACCAUGCUCAGUGGAAGCAGCUCUGCCAAUGCUUCGCCCUCGGAGAAGUCCUGCAAGCCCCCAACUUCCGAAACGACGCCAUCGACCAGCUCCUCAUCAAGGCCAACGAGUGUCUCUCCAUCCAGAGCGCCUUCCCGAUCCACACCGACCAAGACCUCCACGACCUGUACCAGGCCUCCCAGCCGCACUCGUGCCUCAAGCGCCUGAUCGUCGACCUCGCCGUCCUCAACCUUGGCCUCCCAGCCUUUGACAAUCUCGACCUGGCCAAUCCCGUCUUGGCCGAGUUCUUCAAGGACGCCAUGAAGGAGUCGUGCGCGCAGAUGCGGGAGAGAUGUCUAGGGGUACAGGCCUGCGACAGAGACGUCUGGGCGGUACAGCCUUGGGAUAGAGAUGUCUGCACAUACCACGAUCACUCGCACGAGCAGGCUAAUUUCGUCUGCAAGAGGGCAGGCAUGAUCGACCGCCUGGUAGUCACCAGUCUCUACUAA